AUGAAAGUUCGAGCUUCCAAUUGUGAGUAUGUCUUCCCCGCCCUAGCUCUGAACGUAAUUGGCCCAGACACGCUGUUUACCGUCUCCUACCUCGUCAUCACUGGAGCCUUUCCUAAGAAAACCCGGGCGGUGGCAGGAGGAAUGUCCAACACGGUGGCACAGGUUGGUAAGAGUGUUGGGCUUGCCUUAUCAGCUGUGAUUGCUGCCAGCGUUACCCGCCAAUCGAGCUGUCCGGACAAGCACCCCCCCACCACCGAUCGAGGCUUAUAG